AUGUGAGCAGAGGAGUGAGACAAGGUGGUUAUUCUCCUAUUUGCUUCAAUCUCAUUCCUAAUAAAUGGCUUGAUGGUUGAGGAGCGAGGCUUGGGAGUUAGUGUGGGAGGUACGAGAAUUGGAAUCUUACUAUAUGCUGAUGAUAUAGCUGAAGACUUGAGAAUGCUGAUAGAGCUAAUUGCUGUUACUGAACUGUUAGCAAAGAAGUACACAGAAAACUGGAUGGUGAGAAUGAUCUAG